CGGCGGAGCCGCGGAGUCGGAGCCCCGGGCGUGGAGCGCUGAGCGCGAAGGCGGGGCGAACAAAGCGGCGGCGGCGGCGGCGAGGGCGGCCCAGGCCCCGGACGCGCGGAGCAGGCGACCCGCCGGGCCUUUGUCUCGGGCGGGGCAGAAGCUUCGGCGGCCGCGGGGCGCCCCGAGCGCAGAAUGCAGCGCCCGGCGGGGCGGAUCGCAGGGCGCUGCGGCGGCGGGCUGCGCGGAGCCCGGCCCGGGGCCCGGGGGAACUUGUGUGUGUGAAGCGGGGUCCGGCGCGCUGCCCGGCGGCUGCCCCACGACCGCACGUGGGCGGGAGCUGCGGCCCGCUAGGAGCCGGAGGAGGAAGAGGAGGGGACGCGCGGCGGCGCAGCGGAGACCCGGGGCCGCCCGCGCGAAGCCCCGCCCCGGCCGCCGAGCCCCGCGCGGGCGGGCGGGAUGCCCCGCGGCCGCUGCACUUCGGCCGGAGCGCUGCCCUGAGCCGGCCGGCCCAGCGAGCGGCGGGCGGGUGGGCGCCGCGGGCGCCAUGGAGCAGUGGCGGCAAUGCGGCCGCUGGCUCAUCGACUGCAAGGUCCUGCCGCCCAACCACCGGGUCGUGUGGCCCUCGGCCGUGGUCUUCGACCUGGCCCAGGCGCUGCGCGACGGCGUCCUCCUGUGCCAGCUGCUGCACAACCUCUCCCCCGGCUCCAUCGACCUCAAGGACGUCAACUUCCGGCCGCAGAUGUCCCAGUUCCUGUGUUUGAAGAACAUCCGCACCUUCCUUAAAGUCUGCCACGACAAAUUUGGACUCAGGAACAGCGAGCUGUUUGACCCCUUCGACCUCUUCGAUGUCCGAGACUUUGGGAAGGUCAUCUCGGCCGUGUCGAGACUCUCCCUGCACAACUUGGCUCAGAACAAAGGGAUCAGGCCCUUCCCCUCGGAGGAGACCGCGGAGAAUGACGACGACGUCUACCGAAGCCUGGAGGAACUUGCAGACGAGCAUGACGUGGGGGAGGACAUCUACGACUGCGUCCCGUGCGAGGAUGAAGGGGAUGACAUUUAUGAGGACAUCAUCAAGGUGGAGGUGCAGCAGCCCAUGAAAAUGGGCAUGACGGAGGACGACAAGAGAAACUGCUGCCUGCUGGAGAUCCAGGAGACGGAAGCCAAGUACUACCGGACCCUGGAGGACAUUGAGAAGAACUACAUGACCCCUCUGAGGCUGGUGCUGAGCCCGGCGGACAUGGCGGCCAUCUUCAUCAACCUGGAGGACCUAAUCAAGGUGCAUCACAGCUUCCUGAGGGCCAUCGACGUGUCCAUGAUGGCGGGGGGCAGCACGCUGGCCAAGGUCUUCCUGGACUUCAAGGAAAGGCUCCUGAUCUACGGGGAGUACUGCAGCCGCAUGGAGCACGCCCAGAACACGCUGAACCAGCUCCUCGCCAGCAGGGAGGACUUCAGACAGAAAGUCGAGGAAUGCACCCUGAAGGUCCAAGACGGGAAGUUUAAGCUGCAGGACCUGCUGGUGGUCCCCAUGCAGAGGGUGCUCAAAUACCACCUGCUCCUCAAGGAACUUCUGAGCCAUUCCACCGACCGGCCUGAGAGGCAGCAGCUCAAAGAAGCGCUGGAGGCCAUGCAGGACCUGGCAAUGUACAUAAACGAAGUUAAACGGGACAAAGAGACCCUGAAGAAAAUCAGCGAAUUUCAGAGUUCUAUAGAAAACUUGCAAGUGAAACUGGAGGAAUUUGGGAGACCAAAGAUCGACGGGGAACUGAAGGUCCGGUCCAUAGUCAACCACACCAAGCAAGACAGGUACCUGUUCCUGUUUGACAAGGUGGUCAUUGUCUGCAAGAGGAGGGGCUACAGCUACGAGCUGAAGGAGAUCAUCGAGCUGCUUUUCCACAAGAUGACCGACGACCCCAUGAACAACAAGGAUGUCAAGAAGUGGUCCUACGGCUUCUAUCUAAUUCACCUUCAAGGCAAGCAGGGCUUCCAGUUUUUCUGCAAGACGGAAGACAUGAAGAGGAAGUGGAUGGAACAGUUUGAGAUGGCCAUGUCAAACAUCAAGCCAGACAAAGCCAACGCCAACCACCACAGCUUCCAGAUGUACACGUUUGAUAAGACCACCAACUGCAAAGCCUGUAGGAUGUUCCUCAGAGGCACCUUCUACCAGGGUUACCUGUGCACCAAGUGUGGCGUCGGGGCGCACAAGGAGUGCCUGGAGGUGACCCCUCCCUGCAAGAUCAGUUCUCCUGCGGACCUGGACACCUCUGGAGCGGGUCCAGGUCCCAAGAUGGUGGCCGUGCAGAAUUACCAUGGCAACCCUGCUCCCCCCGGGAAGCCCGUGCUGACCUUCCAGACGGGCGAUGUGAUUGAGCUACUGAGAGGCGACCCUGAGUCUCAGUGGUGGGAGGGUCGGUUGGUGCAAACCAGGAAGUCAGGUUACUUCCCUAGCUCGUCUGUGAAGCCCUGUCCAGUGGAUGGAAGGCCGCCCAUCAGCCGGCCGCCGUCCCGGGAUAUGGACUACGCCGCAUACCCCUGGUAUGCCGGCAACAUGGAAAGGCAGCAGACCGACAACCUGCUCAAAUCCCACGCCAGCGGGACCUACCUAAUCAGGGAGCGGCCGGCCGAGGCCGAGCGCUUUGCCAUAAGCAUCAACAGUGUUCACGCCCCGCGUCAUCGGCACGGCCGUGGCCAGGUACAACUUCGCUGCCCGGGACCUGCGGGAGCUCUCGCUGCGAGAAGGCGACGUGGUGAAGAUCUACAGCCGCAUCGGUGGGGACCAGGGCUGGUGGAAGGGCGAGACCAACGGCCGGAUUGGCUGGUUUCCUUCAACGUACGUAGAAGAAGAGGGCAUCCAGUGACAGCGAGAAUGCGGACAGGACUCGCGGAUUUUCUUGGAAGAGUCGCUCCAGUGCUGAAGUCUGUCUCCAGCUCUGAGACUCAGAGGGGAAAUGCCCGCCAACCUCCCAGUCUUCAACAGCCCAUGGGGAUGGGGAGGGUUUUCAGAAUCCUACAUGUGAUCCGUCCCACCGUCAGCCUGCCCUUGGUGGCCUGUCCUGGGUACGCCACUUGUACAUACAGGAAAUCUGGGCCAGCCCUGCUUGGCUGCCACCCCCGGAGUGCUGAGGAGAGGGAGCGCCUGUGGCGUCCCGAGCCAGGCUCUGGGUGACAGCUGAGGCCAGAGCUCACCUCGCCCUUGUCCUGUCGAGAUGGCCUUCAGGAGCUUAGGUUUGAAUGGCAUAUGCUGUCCCAGGGAGGGCUGGGGACCUUCCCCUUGGUCCCUCCUGCUCAGCCUCUGGAACCUCAGCCCUGCUGCGUCCUGCUGUUCCCAGGGGGAGGCGGAAGGGACCAGAGCCAGGCUGCUGUGCUUGGGGACAGAGGGAGAGAGCGUCGCCAGGGCCCGUGCAGCCCCUUGGCCCCCUCCUGUCCCUCUGCGCCGGGGGUGUGCAGAGACCCCAGGGUGGCCGCUGUCUCGGGAGGGAGCCUUGGGAACCUUGAAGCUGCCGCCCCUGCUCCCCAGUCAGUGGUACUGUCCUUUGCCCUGAGUCCUUGGUGUGUGUCUGUCCUGUCCUGCUGCCAGGUGGAUGCAUCGUUUGUCAGCCCUGACGUGGGCGGGAAGCAAACGCGGUUUUCCGCUUGCUUGGUCCCUGCUGCUCACACUCUUCUCCAGAAGGAGGCCCCCCGCCACCGCUCCCAAGCAGGCGGGCCCUCUGGGUGUCCCGUGUCCCGCCAGGGGGGUCCCUGAGGGUCUUCCCAGCCUUUGCACAGAUGUCGGUUCUAGCCCUUGGCAAGUCUUCCUUCCAAGGGCUCUUGCAGCCCAUGAAACAGGGCCUGCGGCCAGCCCGAAAUAAGUGCUCUUGGGGUAGCUCCGCCCCCGAACUCGCCCUCCUCACUCCUCCUGGCCCUUGACCUCUGGCUGGCUUGGCCGGACCCUCUUCUCUCUGCCCGGAUGUCGCAUGAGACCCAGCGACGCUGUCCCCUCCGAGUUCCGUGCCAAAGCUACGGGUGCAACCUGGGCCUCGUGGGUCCCCCUUUCCCUUCAGUCAGCUGCACAAGGUCGGGCGUUGCCAAGGCUGGCCCCUGCCGGGGUGGGCACUGGUGGCCACGCCGCACCCUGGGGUUCCUCUGAGGUCAGCCUCGUGAUCUCCAGGCUCAGCUCAACACAGCAGCAUUCUGGCGUGGGGAGGAGGUGGGGAGGGGUCUGCGAGGGCGUGUGCAGGCAGGAGAGACAAGGCAGCCAGCAAAGGCUUGGGAAAUGAGGGUCACAGGAUUGUAUUUGGGGGCGGUGGGCAAAGCGGGGGAAGGGAGAAUUUUCCAUGGAGAGAGCAGACCCAAAUCCUGGUCAGGGUGCACCCAGCACUUUGCACGUGACCUCGGCGCAGCCGGCCCAGCUGUGAACCCGGGAUGGGAGGGGAGAAAACCAGCCCGCCAGCCCCGUUCGUGUUUACGGUUGUCAGAAAAGUUUUGGUUUCUGUUCUUGAUGUUGUUAGGGUUUUGUUUUGUUUCGUUUUGGUUUUGGUUUGGCUUGUUUGCUUUUUAAGGGAAAAAAAAGUUGGUAGUUAUUUCCUCCAAAACUCCCAUUAUAUAUCUGUGGAUAAUAAGGAAGAGAUUUUAUAAUAGCAAGAAAAUAAUGUAUAUUUGAGGUCAUCAUGAAACAAGGCGUCGUGAUAACGGAGGACACUGAGAAAACCUAAUUUAGAACCCUGGUUCUUGUGACUGUUCUGCUUUGUUUUUGUGUGUUAGGAAGCUUGUCUUGGUUGGGUUAGUUUUUGCACUGCAGGAAGCAGGAGGGGAGGAGGGCCGGGCACAGGCUGGGAUGCGGGCGGUUGCAGCAGGAGAUGGGACGCCCUCUGGCGGGGCUUCGGACCUGGGGCCUGAGAUUAGCUGUGAACACUUAGGAGCCCGACGCAUGCGGGUCAGGGAUCUGGGGGGUCCCGCAGCUGGUGGUGACCCCAAACAGAACGCAAACUGUACAUUUGCCAAUAGGUUUUCUUCAGACCACGGUUUCUACCACAAAUAAACCCGAGUUCUUUUCUGCAGGA